AUGUCAUCGCUCCUUAGAUCCGUCACCAGAUUCUCAUCCCGUACCGCCAUCCGCCCAUCCCCCUCCCUCCUGACAAAGUUCCGGCCUCAGCCCUUCAGCCUCCACGCCUCCAAGAUGUCUGACCAGUCCAUCGUCUUCACCAAGAACGCCCCGGCCCCUGUUGGUCCUUACUCCCAGGCCAUCAAGACCCCCACCGCCAUCUACUGCUCCGGCCAGAUCCCCCUUACCCCCGAGGGCAACCUCCUCGAGGGCUCCAUCACGGACAAGACCAAGCAGUGCAUCGCCAACCUCGAGGCUGUCCUCGUCGAGGCCGGCUCCUCCAUUCAGAAGGUCGUCAAGGUCAACAUCUUCCUCGCCGACAUGGGCAGCUUCGCUGAGAUGAACGGCGAGUACGAGAAGUGGUUCACCCACAAGCCCGCCCGCAGCUGCGUUGCUGUCAAGACCCUACCCAAGAACGUGGACGUCGAGAUCGAGGCCAUCGCCCUUCCCUAG